CACCAAACUGCGCGUCAAGAAGACGAAGAAAAAAUAAAAGCAGAAGGAAAAAAAAAUCGUGAUCUCCAAACCACCGCCCCCUUCCCCACCCCCCCCGCCCGCCCGCCCGCCCGCCCGCCGCCGCCACUCUCUCUCAAUCUCUGUCGGUUCGAAUUCGAAUCCAGUUCUUCGAUCGGUCUAGGGUUUUGCGUCUCAAUUUUCAUCAUCUUCUUGUUGCCGCCGCGGCUGCUGGAGAAGAAUUGGGCGAUCGAUGCCGCUGGAGGUUCGUUGAUUCACCGAUCAUUGAUCCGGGCUGUCGCCGAUCCGAUGGAUAACACCAAGAACCGGACAGAUCUCCUCGCCGCCGGCCGAAAAAAGCUCCAACAAUUUAGACAGAAGAAGGAUCACAAGGGCGGGGGUAGCCAUGCGAAGUCCUUGAACAAAGCGAGCAAGCCUGGGGAGGAUGCCGAUGCCAAUGAGCUGACAAUGGUUACUGAGCCAGAGCUGGCGCAUACUAAAGUUGUUGUUACCCAUGAAUCACUGACAGUGUCCGAGACCUUGCCUACUUCAGGCAUUCAAGCUGAUGAACCGGCGAAGGUGCCCGAGCUUGAUUCCAGUUUGGCUAUCGAUGCUGAUGGGCCAAUAAAGGUGCCUGAGCUGGAUUAUACUUCGGCUAUCAAUGCUGAUGAUAUGGUGAAGGGGCCAGAGCCUGAGCUUGGGCCUACUUUGGCUGUUGAGGCUGAGGCAAGGACUGCUGAUCCAUUGGAUCCUUCAGUGGCGGUCCAGGAUGUGGUUUUGCCACCUAUGCCUGCUGUUGGAGAGAGUGGUGUAGGAGUUCAGGAAGAUCAGAUAGAUUCUGAAGAGGUUCCGGUUGACCUCCCCAUCGAUGAUGGAGGCUCGAGAUAUGCUGUUAUGGUACAUCAUCAGGAAGCUAAAAAUUCGGGAUUGGAGCAAUGCAAUGGUGAGAGCUCAAGCAUUGGGAUGUUGAUGGUGGAGGACAGAAGGGAACAGGCUGGGGGAAGUACUGUUUUUGUGGUCCUGGACACUGACAGGUCGAAGGAGGAUCCCGCUGCUGCAGACUCCAGUUUGGGAGUUGAAGUGGCUCAAGAGGUGGACAGAUUGUCUGCUCCCACCGAAGAAAGAAUUGAGGGAGAAGAUGGUCUGAUGAAAUCUAGUGGGAGCAUGGAAACAAGAUUCUUGGGGAUACAAAAUGGAAAGGUGGAUCAUGAUGCAGAGAAAUAUGGGGUGAAGGAAGAAACUGUUGCCCUUGAAAGUCUGCUACCUGGGAGGCCUCAAGAAGCAAAUGGGGUUUCCUUUCCUGCCGACAUGGGAACAAAAAUUUCUGAUGAGCAUCUAAAGAUUCCUAAUAGGGAAGAAAGUUUGAAAAUGCUAUCUCAACUUACUUCCGACAGGAGUAGUUCACUUGAAGAAAAUGUGGAUAUGCCAUCUCCAUCUCAUGUUACUUCUGACACCACAAGGGAAGAAAGUUCAGCUAGAGCUGAUGCCAGAGAGGAAGGAAGUAUUAAUGAGGAAAGAGGCAUACAUCAACCUUCUAUUGGAGAGGUUGUUGGUGCUGAGAGUGAAUCAGUAGGGGUACUUCAAGAAGAAGGGGCCACUGCACCUGCAGAAAAGGUUGAGGGAUUUAAGGAAGAUGAUCCUCUUUUCCUAUCUAAGUCGACAGAUCCAGUUUCUUCCACAGGGAUGUGGUAUAUCCUAAAAAGAGUUCUGCAGGAAGGUAGCUUUGCCAAUGAGUUGGAUUGUAUUAGAAGACACCUUUACUUAACAAUUGUUGAAAGGGAUUUUCUCCAGAUGCAAUUAGAUGAACAGACUCUGUUGACUGCAGAUUUUCACCGGCAGUCUUCUCAUGAAGUGUCCAAACUCUUGGGGUUGGUUAAAGAAGCUCAGGAAAGCAAGGCAACGGCUAGUGAGGAGCUAGCUCGGUGUCGAUUUGAUCUCCAGGUUAUGACUAUUGCGAAGGAGGAACUUGAGAUCAGGUUUAUUUCCACAAGAGAGGAAAUUGAGUCCCUCAGUAACAGGGCCUCUGAGUUGCAGAACAAACUUGAACAAUCACAAAAAGAAUUGGUACUUGUUUCAGCAGACUUAGCUAACUGCAGGGGUUUGGUGGAAGCUUUACAAAACGAAAACAUGAACUUAACUGCAAGCAUCAGUUCAGAAAUGGAUGCAAGGAAAAUCCUCGAGGAGGAGAAACAGCUCCUGUCUAGUGAGAAUAUGCGACUUGCUUCUGAGUUGUCUGAACAAAAAGAGAGGUUGCUUGUUGCACUUGACAAACAAAAGCAACUUGAGUGCAACCUAAGAGAAACAGGGGCCUGCUUUGACCAACUUACUGAGGAAAAUAUUUAUUUGUCUAGCAGUUUAGAUAUACAUAAAGCUAAGAUAAAGGAGCUUGAUGAUGGGCAUAUCAAGUGGCCCUUCCAGGCCCAACAAGCUAGAGAUCAAGACAACAAUUCUCAUGUGGAAUGCAGAGCUACUGAUAAUGCAGUUGAAGAUUCUGGGAGCAGUAUGAGGAAUUCAGUAGUGUUUCAGCAGGUUGAUGAGGAAGGCUCUGGCAGUUCUGUUGCAUUGGGAGUACUGAAGGGGCACUUGGAAGAGGCAAAAAGAAUAUUACAAAAUCUCGAAAAGUCAAUUCAAGGAAUGCAUUCCUAUUCUGUGUCCUUAAGUAGGGUGGGUGGCAGAGCCACAGCACCUGGAGUAUCAAAACUUAUUGAAUCCUUUGAGUUUAAAAUGCAUCAUGCUGACAAUGCAUCAGACAAGGGGCCAUUGGCUGAGGGAGGGCAAUCAGAUGAUUUAUAUACACUAACAAUGGAACAGAUGGGCCUCCUUAGAGAUACAUUAAAGCAGAUGGAAUUGGAUGUCAGAAAGGCUGAAGUACAUGUAAUGGGAGAAUAUAAUAGCGGGGAGAUCUUUGAAAAGUAUGAGAUAGAGUGUGAAGCCCAAAGGCAACAAAAUAGCAUCCUCCAGGCAAAGAUUGAUGAGCUUGUUAAGAAGCUGUCCAAGUAUAUAAGCAGAAUAGAUGAUCUACAGAGUCAGUUUAAUGAAAUUCAGCAAAGUGCUAGUGACGAGGAAGAGAGGCUUUUAAGUGAAGUAAAGUUGUUGCAGGAGGAAGUGAAUGACAGGGUGUCUGUUCUGCAGCAUGAAAGAGACUCUAUUAAGGGGAUUUUUGAGGCACUUGAAAAGAUUUUCCCAUCUACUGUACUACUAACCUCUGAUCUUGCUGCUGAUAAGAAAGAGAGGCUCGUAAGUGAAAUACAAUCAUUGCAGAAGGAUGUGAUUGACAGGAACUCUAUUAAAGACAUGAUUUUGGAGGCACUUGAAAAGCUUAACUCUACCAAUGGACUGCUGUUUGUGGAUAACUUAGAGAUUGGCUCCUAUGUCUCGGCUUCAGUUGAUGCUGCCAUAAGAUCAAUCGAGAGCCUGCAUGAGAAACUAAAUGUUGCUCAUCUGAACCAUGAGACACUCCAUACUUCAUACAUGGAAUUGGAUAAACUCUAUAAUGAUGUUCGAGGAAUGAAUGAGUUGGCAAUUUGGCAGAUGCAUAAAUUGUACAACAGCCUACAGAAGUUGUGUCCAAGUGUUGAUGAAUCUGAGAUGGAUGUUCAUGCCGAGGAAGUGCUAGAACUUCUACCAAAAAGGCACGAACUGCUUAUCAAGUAUCUGCAGAAGUUGCUGGAUGAGCGGAUUCUCUACUCAUCUAAAAAUAAGGAGCUAGAAUCAGGGUUAUUGAGCAAAAAUCAAGAAAUUGAGGAGCUGAGCAAGAGGUGUAGUGCUUUGGAUAAGAAGUUGGAUGACUUGUGUUAUGCUAAAGAUGAGCUCGAAAUGAUUUUGAUGAGUAAAAAUGAAGUUUUUGAUGAAGUGAACAGAAGAUGUCUUGCUCUAGCCAAGAAGUUGGAUGACCAUGAACUGAAUAAAGAUCCAAUUACCUUCCAUGGGCUGGCUGAAAUGAACAAAGUUAUUGCAAAGUCCGACAACAAGGAGAAUGACUUGUGCGAGUCUGUAUUACAACAACUAGAGGUAUUGGUUGCUUUCCAUCUUCAGAAAUAUGAAGAGGCAAUCAAGCAGAUUAACUUGUCAAAGAAAUACUUAGAGGAAGUUAACAUCAUACCAAAAAUUUCAUCUGACAACUGGUCCUUGCCCUUGCUUACAUUGCUUAGUCAGGAGUUCAUGCCUAAGUUGCAUGAGUUACAGGAAAAAUUGGACUCCUUAAGUGCCUUAAAUCUUCAACAGGAAACUGAAAAUCAAAUCCUCAAGGAGAGUCUGCAUAAGAUGGAAGAAGGUCUGGAAGCAUCUCGUUCAGAGUUGUAUUUGAAAGUAUCUGAACUUGAGCAGUCAGAGCAGAGACUUUCCUCUGUCAGAGAGAAACUCGGUAUUGCUGUUGCGAAAGGCAAAAGUUUAAUUGUGCAACGGGACAGUCUUAAGCAGUCUCUCAUGGAGAAGUCAAGUGAGCUUGAAAAGUGCUCACAGGAAUUACAAUCAAAGGAAGAAUUGCUCACGGAAGUUGAGGCAAAGCUGAGGUCUUAUUCAGAAGCAGAUCGUAUUGAAGCUCUAGAAUCUGAACUGUCUUACAUCCGCAAUUCUACUGCUGCAUUGAGAGACUCCUUUCUUCUUAAAGAUUCUGUUCUUCAGAGGAUUGAAGAAGUUUUAGAAGAUCUGGAUUUGCCAGAGCAUUUCCAUUCUAAAGAUAUAGUAGAGAAAAUCGAGUUCUUGUCCAGAAUGGUUGCUGGGAAUCCCCGUUUUCCUAUUACUGAAUGGGAUCAAAGGAGUUCUGCUGGGGGCUCUCAUUCCAAUGCAGAUGCCUGGAAAGAUGACCUACAGGCAAGUUCAAAUCCUGGAUAUGAUGAAUUAAAAAACAAAUACGAGGAGCUUCGGAGAAAGUUUUAUGGUUUGGCUGAGCACAAUGAUAUGCUGGAACAAUCCCUAAUGGAGAGGAAUAGCCUUGUGCAGAAAUGGGAAGAAGCUUUGGACAGAAUUGAUAUGCCUCCACAGUUCAGGGCAUUGGAGCCAGAAGAUAAGACUGAAUGGUUGGGGAAUGCGCUUUCUGAGGUCCAACAUGAAAGAGAUGCAUUGCAACUGAAGAUAGAGAACCUUGAAGACUCUUCUGAUAUGCUCAUAGUUGACUUGGAAGAGUCGCACAAAAAAAUAUCUGAACUCAGUGCAGAGGUUGUGGCUAUUAAAUCCGAGAAAGAAUUUUUUUCAGAGAGUUUGGAAAAGCUCAGGUUUGAAUAUCUCGGACUCUCGGAGAAAGCUGUUCAUGAUGAGAUCGAGAGAGAGAAUUUGCGAAAAGAAUUAGCUAGCUUGCAGGAAAAAUUGGCUGAGAAGGUUGAGAACAGGGAUUAUCAUGAUACUGAAAAUGAUGUCUGGAAACUAUUUGAUUUGGUUAGCAAUGCAUUGCCAGAUAGUGAUAGGUCUGAGGCUGUCUCUGCUGGUACUGUUACUGAAUGUCUGGAAGGAUUGUUGAGGAAGCUUAUAGAUAAAUAUGCAAACCUAGCUUCAGAGAAAUCUGUGCACAAAGUUAGUGAGAAAGAAUUUGUUUUAGAGGAAAGCAAUUUGUCUCCUGAUAAGAACACAUCCACAAAUGCUCUGGAUGGCAAAGAUCAGGAACUGUGGAAUCUGAGGUUAGAGCUUGAUGAGGCUUGCUGUAAUCUAGUUUCAGUUAAGGAGGAAAGAGACAAAGCCAUGGAGAAGUGCCAUUCUUUGAUGUUGGAAGUUGAGGAAAUAAGCAAACAGAACAACAUAUUGCUAGAGGAGAAGACUGUUUACAUGGAGAAGUAUCAAUCUUUGUUGUUGGAAUUAGAUGCAAUAAGCAAACAGAGGGAUGCUUUGCAAGAACAGCUAACUCAGGAGGAGCAAAAGUCUGCCUCUGUGAGAGAGAAGCUAAAUGUUGCUGUUAGAAAAGGCAAGGCACUGGUACAACAAAGAGAUAGCCUGAAACAAGCAAUUGAAGAGAUGAAUUCUGUGCUGGAUAACUUGAGGACUGAGCAUAACCAGCAGAAGAUGGAAGAAAUUGGGAGACUCAGUCAUGAUUUGCGUUCAGCUUUAGUUUCUUCAGAGAAUGAAGCGAAGAAAUCUAAACAAACAGCUGAGCUUCUUCUAGCUGAGUUGAAUGAAGUUCAGGAGAGAGAUGACAUGCUCAUGGAGGAACUGGCAAAGGCAGAAGGCACUCUUACAGAGUGUUCUAGACAGAAAGACAUUGCAGAGGCUGCAAGAAUUGAUGCUCUUAAUCGCCUAGAACAAUUUAUUCUAGUUAAUUCAGAGGAAAGAAAGAAACAAAUUGACAAUUUACUGGAGUUAAAGUCGGGCAUUGGCCAACUAAGGAAUGUCUGCUUUGAAUUUUCAAGUCUUCUUGCUAAUGUUUUUACCAGAGAUAUGAACCUCUUCUGCAAUUUGGAGAACUUUAUGGAAUCUAUUGAGAAACAGAUGAACUGUGCUCAUUUGGCUGACCUUCCUGUUCUUUCAUCUAGCAGCCUGCUGUCAAGUAAUCCAGUAAAUGAGGAGAAGUUCCAUGUCAUUAAUCCUCUGUCAAAUCAUAGGAUGCAAGAAAAAUUUGAUGACAGUUCCAUAGCAGAACAUCUUGCUAUCACUGGUCAUAGUGUGUGUGAAUGCUUAAGGCAAUGUGAUGAGUUGAAGAGAAAUAUUCAUAAGUACUCAUCGUCAGUUGACCAACAAGCCACACACCUGUUGCAAAUCAUGGAGACCAUACAAAGAAAAUUAGCUUCUCAGAGGGAAGGUUCAGAUUCUCUGAAGAGAGAUUUAACUGGACUUGAGCUGAUGAUUAAGGAAAAGGAGAAUCAGAUUUGUUCAAUGUAUAGAAAUCUGUCUUUGCUUUAUGAAGCAUGUAGCAGUUCAAUUUCUGAGAUUGAGAAUAGAAAAGCCCAAAUAGUUGAAAAUAGCCUACCUUCUGGGGAGCAUGCCUUAGAAAAAACUGGAACAGUCUUGAAAUUGCCAAGUUACACCAAUAAGCAAGAGCAUCCUGAUGGAUAUACAUAUUCCUUCACAGAUGAUUGCAUCAGAUUGAUGGCCGAUAAGUUAGUAUCUGCUGUCAAGGGCACAGGCAUUAUAGAUGAGAUGGCAGAGGGCAACCAAAGGGAACUGAAAGCCACCAUCUUGGAUUUGCAGAGAGAACUACAGGAAAAGGAUAUCCAAAUGAAUAGAAUCUGUGAAGAUCUUGUAUCUCAGAUAAGGGAUGCUGAAACUGCUACAAGGCGAUCCUCAUCAGAUCUUGAUUCUGCGGAAACAAAAAUUCAUAAUUUAGAGAAGCAUGUUGAAGUGAUGGAGGAGGAUAAGAAAUUAUUGGAGCUAAGAGUGCAUGAGCUAAAAGAUUUGGGGGAUUCAUUACUUGAGCUACAAGGGAAAAUUAAAUCUUUAACUGAUGCAUUGACUGCUAAAAAUCAAGAAAUUGAAGCCCUCAUGCAAGCGCUUGAUGAGGAAGAGACCCAAAUGGAGGACCUGGUAAGAAAGAACAAGGAACUGGAGAAUAUAAUUCAAGAAAAGAACCUAGCACUGGAGGGUCUUGAAGCUUCUCGAGCGAAGGUGGUGGCAAAGCUUUCAAUGACUGUCAGCAAGUUUGAUGAGUUGCAUAACCUGUCAGAGAGCCUUCUUGCAGAGGUGGAAAAUCUUCAGGCCCAAUUGCGAGGGCAGGAUUCAGAGAUCUCAUUCUUGCAUCAGGAGAUAGCUAGGUAUACCAAUGAUCUUCUGGCCUCAGAGGAGACUAACACGAAGUACUCAUGUGAAAUAAGCAAGUUGUUAAAAUGGUUUGAUAUGGUAGUGGCACGUUUUGGGUUACAACACAUAGAUAUUGAUGAUCAGGAGUUCAGGCGAAUUCAAGUCUACACUGAUGUUUUGGACAAGAAAAUUUUGUCUGUUAUGACUGAAUUAGAUGAUCUACGAGUAACAGUUAAAAGCAAAGAUGCUCUGUUACAAAUUGAAAGGGGUAGAGUGGAAGAAUUAUCAUGCAAAUCUGAAGUUCUUGAGAAGUCUUUACAUGAGAAAGAAGCACAGAUAGAGAUUUUACAAGAAGGUAGAAACUCUGGUCAGCUUUCUAGUAUGAACUCCCCACUGUCUCUAGAGAUUGAGCAAAUGAAAAACAAAGUGAGCUCAGGUGCGCUUGUUACACAUGUCCGUGGUGGGCGCAAAGUCAAUAGUGACCAAAUAGCCAUAGCUAUAGAUACAGAAAAUGAUAAUAAUAUGUUAGUUGAUGAGGACGAUGAUAAAGCACAUGGCUUCAAGUCACUUACUAUGUCUCGCUUUGUUCCAAGAUGUACUCGGCCUAUUGCAGACAGGAUUGAUGGGAUAUGGGUAUCAGGAGAAAGACUGCUUAUGAGGCAACCUACCUUACGGCUUGGAUUUUUGAUAUAUUGGGUUGCAUUGCAUGCAUUACUUGCUAGUUUCAUCUGAUAGCAACGCCAUCAUUCUCUUGGAUAAUAUACAUGGCAAGUCAAUGGCCAUUGUCCUCCCAAGGCCAUCAGCGACGAUGCAUUCAGCUCUGUAUAGGCUCUUGAUUCUUUUUUCCUUGCAAUAUCAGACAACACCUACAGCCUACCAUACAAUUAUUUUUGGCUACUUUGGCAGCUGUGGUUUCGUCACCAGUUUUUUUUUCGAAUUCUGAAUCCCAGUUGGCCUUGGUUGCAUUCAAUAAAGCAAUCAACAUCCCAGCACACAGAAGCUUGUGAAGAAUGAGCCCCGGCAUCCCCUGUAAACUAGAAUCAUUCUUUUGUUUUUCUGUAUAGACGAAAGCUUUCCUCAUCAUCAUAUGUCGCACAGGAAAACAAUAAAAACACUAGCAAGACAUUUGGGCAGUUUGGUGACCACUAGUUUCCGUCCUCAAAUGUUUUGAUGUUGUCAAAAGAAAAUUUUUGUGAUCAGUUUUAGAAGGUCACUGAUAGUGAUUUAACGAAAUGAUCCGUCUCAA